AUGUCGGAGUCGGAGGGGUUGUCCAACCCUUCUCCUCUGGACUUGAAAUCCGAUAAUGAUUCGAAUGAUAGACUAUCGCCACCAGCACCACCGAAUUCAGAAUCAGAUUUGGACUCGAAUUUGUAUUCAACAUUUUCUACCGAUGAUUCUUCGAAUAAAAGUUCACCUCCUACGGAAUCACCACCAUCAUCCUCGUCAUCACCGUCGCCAACGUCUUCGCCGCCAUCACCGCCACCCCCUUCACCUAAGAAACAAUCACCACCGCCACCGUCACCCCCUCCUCCUGAAGUACAAUCACCGUCACCACCAUUGUCGGAAUCAUCGCCACCACCUCCUAAGCAACGACCACCCCCACCGGAAAAAUAUCAUGCGCAUGGCAAAGAAUCACCUAUGGGAUACGCUUCCGGGGGUCAAACAGGACAGUUUUGCAUUAGUCAGAAGUCGGGUUUUAUAACCGGGUCGAAGACUUUUUUCACGUAUGAAGAGUUGAUGGAAAUGACUGACGGGUUCGCCCGUGACAACGUCAUUGGUGAAGGUGGGUUCGGGUACGUUUACAAGGGUCGGCUAUCCAACGGUAGUCCCGUGGCCGUCAAGCAACUAAAAGUCGGCAGCGGACAAGGCGAUCGAGAGUUCAGGGCCGAAGUCGAAAUUAUAAGCCGUAUUCAUCAUAGGCAUUUGGUGUCCUUGGUUGGGUACUGCAUUUCAGAUAAUCAAAGGUUGCUCAUAUAUGAUUUUGUUGGGAAUAAGACUCUUGAACAUCAUUUGCAUGGUAAGGAUAUGCCAGUGCUUGAAUGGCCUAAAAGAGUCAAGAUUGCUAUUGGAGCUGCCAAGGGUUUGGCAUAUUUACAUGAAGAUUGUCAACCAAGAAUUAUCCACAGGGACAUUAAGUCGGCCAACAUUCUAUUAGAUGAUGAUUUCGAAGCACAGGUGGCAGAUUUCGGACUUGCUAGACUCAACGACACUAGUCAAACCCAUGUUUCAACUCGAGUCAUGGGGACAUUCGGGUACUUGGCACCAGAGUAUGCAUCAAGUGGGAAAUUGACGGAUAGAUCAGAUGUUUACUCAUUUGGAGUUGUACUUUUAGAACUUAUAACAGGGCGAAAACCCGUUGAUUCGACUCAGCCAUUGGGGGAGGAAAGUUUGGUUGAAUGGGCUCGGCCUCGACUUAUUCAAGCCCUUGAAAGUGGCGAUUAUAGUGAGUUAGUCGAUCCACGGCUCGAAAAGCGUUACGUAGAGAGUGAGCUAUUAAUGAUGAUCGAGGCUGCCGCCGUUUGUGUACGGCAUUCCUCCGCAAAGAGGCCCCGGAUGGCACUGGUGGUAAGAGCACUGGACUUUGAGGGGUCGGACCUGUCCAACGGGGUAAAAGUAGGCCAUAGCACCAGUUAUGAUUCCGAAAAGUAUAGCGAUGAAAUUUCUCUCUUCAGGAAGAUGGCACUCGGUAGUGACACCGGCUCCGAAUGUGAUGCUCUUACAGAAGAUUAUAGUUCCAGGGAAUUAUCACAAGGACAUGGUUCAUGGAAGUCUGAGUAUAGUUCCAAUGACUUCACCAACAAUUAG